CUGCCUGCUUACAAAGAAGAUUCAAACUUGGAUAAAUGGUUUAAAUUACACGUUUAUUUUCCCCUAGUUUACAUUUUUAAAGAUUUUGCAAAACAGUGUUCGCACUUAUUUCACAACUUACAGAAAUGGGAGUACCAGCGUUUUUUCGGUGGCUCAGCCGAAAGUACACUUCUUUGAUUGUCAACUGUGUUGAAGAAAAGGUAAGAAAUCUUAAAAUUAAAACACAACCUGUUUUCGAUAGUAUACAAUGUUCUGGUUCUCCUGAGACUCCUGUACACUCUAUACAAAUAUUAAAAUCAUCGCCUAAAAACAAUUCAGUUGGCAUAUAUCUUAUUAUUUAAUGGAUUAUGUGUCUAAUAUUAAUAUAAAAAAAUAUACCUUCCAUGUCCAUUGCAUGGCUUUUCACGACUUUUCAGGGUAAAUUAUUACACUAGUAAGAGGACCCUCUGCAAAAUGUUUGAGAUAUUUGAAAUGUUUAAAUUUUAUUUUGACUUCCCCCCUUUCCCCCCGUCACAAAUUUGUAAGAUAAAUUAAAAUAAAUAAUAAUUAGAAAUUUUAAAGUCUUUUCACACUAAUGUCACACUUACACUUCCUUACAAAUGUGUGGAACCCUCCUCCAACGCCAACGCGUCACAAUGUUUAUGGAUGGCCCCUUUUUAAUCUUAGAUACUUUUGACUUUGAUGUUAUAGAUAGAGUAUUAAUGCAGCAAAUUAUAUGUAAUGAAUAGUUGUUUGUUUUCAAGACCAAAAAAAACCUGACAACCAUGGUGUUUACAAUGAAAUCAAUAAAAUUUAGGCACAUUAUUAAAAAAUAAAUUAUACUCAUUUAAAACAAUUAACAUCAGCACUUGUUUACUGUUUAGCAGUGUAAUUUUAUUUAUCUCUAAGUUAUUGUUUCAUUUAAUUACAUUUGAGUGUGAAGUUGGUCUCAAUGAUCUUUAAUUACUAUUUGGUCAUUUAAUCACCUGCUGCAUUUUUUCUUAUUAUAACGUAAUAUAUGUUUUCCAAAUUGAUUUUUGAAAUGAUUUUGGGUUUUGUAAAUGUAUAGAUGUAGAUUGAGACUUAACAUGUAUCUAACUGUACUUUGUUCUUACAUUUAGGCAAGAGAAGUUGAUGGAGUUAAAAUUCCUGUUGAUACUAGCAAGCCCAAUCCUAAUGAAGUUGAGUUUGAUAACCUAUAUCUUGACAUGAAUGGAAUCAUUCACCCAUGUUGUCAUCCAGAAGAUCGGUAAGUAUAAAUUAAGCUCUUAACAUCAAUUUAAACAUUUAUUUACUAAAUAGUUUCACAACAGAUAGUGAAGUCCUUAUGAACAUAAUCAGAAACUAAAUUAUAGAUACAGAUGCCUAUCAAAGAUUUUAGACAAGAAUUAAAAUUGUGCCCCAUCAAGCUUUAGAAACAUAUUUUUAUGUAAUUAAUAAUUACCUUAGAGUUUACCAGGACAGCAGAGUAAGCAGAGAUUGCAUGGUCUGUAAGUGGAUUUUUUUCUUAUUCAACACAGAUAAACUAAUAGCUUGUAAGCAUAAAUGAAUUAUUAUUUAUUAAAGUAUGAAAAUUCUUUAUCCUGCUUGCUUAUUUUGCACCCCCUUCAAGAGGCACCUACAGCACAUGCUGUGUCUUUCCACACCCUCAUUAUGCCUCGGACUAGAUAAAAAACAAUUUCAAAAUUAUUUGUUGCUUUCAUUUCAACUGACCCGCACCCAAAAAUGAAGACGAGAUGAUGAUUUUGAUCUUUGAAUUCAUUGACAGAAUUCUUUAUCCUGCUUGCUUGUUUUGCACCCCCUUCAAGUGGCACCUGCAGCACAUGCUGUGUCUUUCCACACCCUCAUUAUGCCUCUGACUAGAUAAAAACAAUUUCAAAAUUAUUUUUUGAUUUCAUUUUCAACAGACCCGCACCCAAAAAUGAAGACGAGAUGAUGAUCUUGAUCUUUGACUUCAUUGACAGAAUUUUCUCAAUUGUACGCCCAAGGCGUGUUCUCUACAUGGCAAUUGACGGAGUGGUAAAUAUGAGAAUAACUGCAUUUUGUUUUUAAUAUACUUAAUAUCUAUAAAAAAAACUGUAGUCCUAAUUACACUUUACUGUUUGACAUUUUGUUUUUUUUUCUUUUCUUUAACCAUUUAAAUUUUAACUCAUUAUAUGUUUCCCUAGGCUCCCCGUGCUAAAAUGAACCAACAGAGAUCACGUCGAUUCCGGGCAUCUAAAGAAACUGGGUUAGUACAAUUUAUAAUUUUCUAUAUUUAUUACAAGUUUGAACGCUUGGCCCCUGUUCUUAAAUACCCAUUCAACUAUUCUGGUCUUAUUUCCCCACACAGAAAUUCUUUGCAUUUUCAUCACAUCUAAACAUAAAAUUUAAUAAAAAAUAUAAUCACAUUUAUGGGUGCACUCAUGAACGGAAUUUGUAAAAAAUCAUGUGGUAAGCUGUGACCAUUAACAGCAUAAUUUCAUUUAUGGUCAGUUGAUCUAAGGUUAGGCAUGUAAUACCAAAAUAUCAUUCAGGAUUUCUAACAGACAGAUAUCAGAAUCUCAAGUUUAAAAGGUUAACUGUCUGCAUUUUAAGGUAGUUUUGAAAAGUCAUGCUUAUCAUGUUGUAGUGUAUUAAUUUAAACUUUUAUUGGAAUCCAAUAUUUUAUUCAAGGAUAAAGCUUCGUAAAUGAAUUUAAUCAUGGAAGAUUAAUUUAUAGCAAAGAGCAUUAGAAGCUAUUUUUUUUAUUUUAUUUAUCUUUAUGUUUAUGAAACUUUGAAAUAUUUUUACAUUACAAAAUUAAAAACACUGUCUUAAUUUUAAAGCUUUUUAAUGUUGGUAUUUUAAAAUAUGUUUUUGCCAUUAUUUUUUUUAAUUUUAAUAGGUAUUUAUUUAAAAUGUGGGAUUCCUCUUGCUGAAUUUAAUCUAAAUGUGGAAAAUAUUCUUUUAGAGAAAAAAUAGAAGAUUUAGCCAGAGUCAGAGAAGAAGUAUUGAGCAAAGGCAUGUACCUACCACCAGAGAAGCCAAAGGAAGAGCACUUUGACAGCAACUGUAUUACACCUGUGAGUUUUUUUUGCCACAGUACUUAGUGUUAGUUCUGUAAAAUUUUCUAUAACAAACAAUAAUAUCCUAUGUUUUAAUAUACCUCUUUGUUUUAUACUUAAAUUUUGUGAAGAUUUCCCGGAAGUUUUUUCUUACUAUCUUUAAUCAAUUUUGUGAGUCAUAUUUUUUAUUGUAUUUCCAUCAAGGUCAAAAUUGUUUGAUGUAUUAUUUGUCUUUUAUGCUGAACCUAAUUUUCAACACUUAUCCCAGAAUCUCAUGCGUUAUUAUAAUAUCUGUUUCAGGGUACCCCUUUCAUGUUCAAGCUAGCUGAAUGUCUCAGGUAUUAUGUUCAUGACCGCAUCAACAACGACCCGGGCUGGGAAAAUAUCAAAGUUAUCCUCUCGGACGCUAAUGUGCCAGGGGAGGGAGAACACAAAAUUAUGGAUUACAUUCGGCGACAAAGAGGUAAGAUACUUGAUAGGUUGUAAAAGAAAACUCACUGGAUAAUAUUUAUUUUUUUUUUUUUUGCUGGCAUCCGUCCGUCACAAUGUGACGAUGGGGUGGGCUUCGGAGGACGAAAUCCACGUGGCCUGGGAUUAUACUUCAAGGAUUAUAAGCUGGUUCCCAACAGCAAAUCGCCUCUCUCCACGCCGCUGGGUAACCCAAGGGAACAUCAUUGGAUGAUACAGCUUGGCACCAGUGACGUCGCAGGAGUUAUUAUAAGUGUUGGGCUAUGUCACAUCAUGAGCACCAUUUGACACAAAGGACAUGAUAUAACUGGAGAGUGCAUUAUAUCAACACAAUUUUCUGCAACUGUAAAGGAAAAUUAAUCCCAUUGAUCAUUAUAACUUAUCAAGCCUUGGAACAAGGCACUGCUGAGUGGAUCUCAGUUGUUUAAAGUCUAUUGUUAAAGCUUGUGUCUUGAUUUAAUUUUACUUAAACUUAGUGAUGUAGCGACCACCACUUGUCUCCCCUCUUUUUUUGUGUUGAUAUCGACAUCACCGAUUAAAGGUUACCCCUGUGACAACCCCAUCCUUUCCUUGAUUGGGAAAAGUUUUUUUUACAUUCUGUUGUUCUAAAGAAUGGUAUUGGGUGAUGUUAUGUCUAGAAUAUCUUUUCUCGAGGGUUCCAACUUUCUCCUUAUAAAUAAGCUGGCAGCUUUCCUAGCAUGAAGAGAAAUUUUUGCCAAUUUUCCUAGACUUUUACAAGACCUAAUUUUCUUCUGUGUGUGUAUUUUAAUAUUUGUAUCUUUUGAGGGUUUUACCUUUCAAAAGCUGUGCUGUAUGUAAGUUAAUACGAUUUUUUUUUCCAUUUCAGUUUUAUAGUCUUAUAUACAUUAAAUAAUACAAAUAAAUUGAAUAUUUUCAGUAUCAUUAGCUUUGGUAACGUUUUUUUUUUUUGUUUACCGGUCUUCAGUCCUUUGUUUGGUAUUGUUCAACAAACAACCCAAAUCUUAAAACUGAUUUAUUUGGCAAAACCAUAUAACAGUACAUAACAAUAUAAAUUAUUUAUUUUUCUCCAGCACAACCUGAUCACGAUCCAAACACACAUCAUUGUCUCUGUGGUGCAGAUGGUAAAUAUUUUUUUUCAUAA